AUGGCGCAAAACAAACAAGACUUCGAGCUGAAUAACGUCAAGUCCGGUGUCGUGCAAUCCGAGUCCUUCGGGUCCUACGAAGUCACGAACGACACCAGCUACGCGGCGGAAAGCAAAGAUGGUCUAGCGCGGAGAUUUGUCAAUUCGUUUAAGCGCGCAGAGGACCCUGCUACCGGAGACAACCUCGAACAGCUCGGCGAAGAGGCCGGCAACUACGAAAGUAACAGUAAGCACAAGACGCUGAAACAGAACAUCAGUCCCAGACACGUGCUCAUGAUAUCGCUUGCUACGGGUAUCGGUACCGGUAUGCUGGUCGGGAACGGUAAGUCCCUGCACAACGGUGGACCGGCAGGGCUGGUCAUUGGGUACGUGAUCGUCUCCAGUAUGUUGUACUGCGUGAUCCAGUCCGCCUCGGAGCUGGCUAUGAUCUACACUUCGCUUGCGGGCGGUUUCAACGCCUACCCGUCCCUCCUGGUCGAACCGGGGUUCGGAUUCGCUGUUUCGUGGGUGUACUGUCUACAAUGGCUGUGUGUGCUACCGCUGGAGCUCGUCACGGCUUCGAUGACCAUCAAGUACUGGAACGAUGUGAUCAACCCAGACGCGUUCGUGGUCAUUUUCUACGUCUUCCUCGUGGUUGUCAAUUUCAUUGGGUCUGCUGGGUACGCGGAAGCGGAGUUCUUCUUCAAUUCGUGCAAAGUGCUCAUGAUCACCGGUUUCUUCAUACUGGGUAUAAUCAUCAACUGCGGAGGUGCCGGUAACGACGGAUACCUGGGAGCCCUGUACUGGCGGAAUCCGGGCUCCUUUAGGGGCCACAAGGCGAUUGAUCAGUUCAAGGGUGUGGUAGCGGUGCUGGUCAACGCUGCUUUUGCAAACGGUGGUGCCGAGUUUUCGGUUUUGACCGCUGCAGAACAGUCCAAUCCAAGACGCUCUAUCAAAAGUGCAUCCAAAAGAAUGCUGUGGCGUAUCGUGUGUAUCUACUGUGGGACCGCGAUCCUGUUAGGGUUUCUAGUUCCUUACAACUCCGACGAGCUGCUUGGGUCCGGUGGUUCAGCGACGCACGCCUCGCCUUUCGUCAUCGCGAUUUCCUCGCACGGCGUACGGGUCGUCCCCCAUUUCGUCAACGCCGUGAUUCUGCUGUCAGUCCUUUCGGUCGCCAACUCGGCUCUGUACUCGUCUUCGCGAAUCCUGCUUUCGCUAGCGGAGCAGAGCUACGCGCCUCCGUUUUUGAAAUACGUCGACAGAAGAGGCAGACCUCUCAUGGCGCUUGUUGUGGCUUGCAUCUUCGGGCUCAUCUCGUUCGUCGCGGCAUCCCCUAAAGAAGAGACCGUGUUCACGUGGUUGCUUGCCAUUUCUGGUCUCAGCGAGCUUUUCACAUGGUCCGCCAUUGCGCUUUCUCACAUAAGGUUUAGAAAAGCGAUGCAGACGCAAGGCCGUUCCCUGGGCGAACUGGGCUACAAGGCGUUGACGGGCGUCUGGGGCUCCUACUAUGCGGUCUUCCUCAACGUGCUCAUCCUCAUCGGUCAGUUCUGGGUCGCCAUCUCUCCCGUUGGCGAAGGCAAGCUGGAUGCCAACGCGUUUUUCGAAAACUACUUGGCCAUGCCGAUCCUGAUAGGAUUGUACAUUUUCUACAAGCUCUGGAAGAGAGAUUUCCGCCUUUUGAUCCCAGCGGACCAAGUCGAUCUUGUGUCCCACCGUACCAUUUUUGAUGCCGAAAUCCUGCAAAAAGAGACAGAAGAAGAGGCCUUCAGGAUCAAACAUUCUUCGUGGACUGUUCGUAUGUCGAACUUCUGGUGUUAA